AUGCUAAUAAUUUACAGAUACGAGAAAGUUGAACCUCCGACGCCGACCGCAUCAUCUUAUUCAAUUGUCGGAUACGCCACAGCUUAUCGGUACUGGAUGUAUCAGCGGGAUCGUACUCAGACUCCUGCCGUUAAAGAUGAUGUGUUUCCGCUUCCCGAAGUCAAGGUCUCUGAGCUUCCGUCUCGCCUGCGCAUUGCACAAUUUCUGAUUCUUCCCUCACAUCACCGCUCGGGCCACGGUACUCACCUCUACACAACAAUCCAUGCUUCAUGCAUCGCCGACCCGACAAUCGUGGAGUUGACGGUUGAAGACCCCAAUGAGAGCUUCGAUGCUCUUCGAGACACAGCCGAUUACUGUCUCUUGCGUCCCGAAUUCCUCAAACACAAUGUGGGCUUGAACCCCGACCCUCUUGGAGCUUAUUCUCAGAAAAAGCGCCCUCGCUUUGUUCCUACGGGCGCUUUGAUCCCUACCAAGCUUCUUAUGGAUAUUCGCACCUCCUUCAAGAUCGAGGCCACACAGUUCGCACAUGUUUUGGAGAUGUAUCUCCUGGGUACCAUUCCAAAGAGUCACCGCAUGGCGGGUGGUACAAACCUUGCAAGACUAUUGAUCAAGAAGUAUAAAGCAGAGGAUGAGAACGAUCGACGAUACUACUGGUGGCGCAUGCUCACCAAGCAGCGCCUGUAUAAGAAGCAUAAGGAAUUGCUCAACGAACUAGACAUAAUGGACCGGGUCGAAAAACUGGACGACACUGUGCAGAAUGUGGAAGAGGGCUACGAGAUUACCCUAGAGGCGCUCGAGGGUCGCUUGCCUGGGCCAGAGAACGAGGCUCCUUUGACAUUGAGUCGCCGCGAGAAGCGCAAGCUUACCGUCGAGGAUGAUGAGGACGAAGAAGAAGAAGAUGAGGCCUCAUCGUCCAAGCGCCCGAAGGCCUGA